AUGAAUUCCAUUCCGAUGCCCGAACCCACCCCGACUAUCCCGGCCAGCGACCCUAAUAACCAAGCCAAGGAACUCGCCGAAGAUGAAUUCUACCAUCACCCUGUCUGGUCGGAGCGCGAAGCUAUGUGUAGGAGCGAUGCCCACCGCUUCAUAACUCAAAAUGCGUGGCCCUGUUCCUACCCAUGGGGCUUUAUCAUCUACCGCACGGUAUAUACAACCGAGUCGGAAAGAUUGUGGCCUCUUGCUAUGGAAAAGCUUGCCUAUGCGCUCAAGGUCGGAAAUCAGGAUAGGCAGGGCCGUCCUGAACAAUUGAUUCAGGCAUCGCAUAAGGACGCCAUACUCUCUGAUAUGGCUCGCUGGGAUGGUGCUAGCAUUGAGCAUGUUCGCAACCAUUUUGCGGAGUAUCUGCGCAAGACUGAUCAGAUGGCUUACCCGCGUGACCAGCGGUAUGCUCUGUGUCUUGUUAUUGAUGAGAAGGCUUUAAAAUCCAUUACUGCACCGGGGGAUGAAGUCGGCUGGGUUGGAGCCGUUGAUGCAAGAUUUGACCCCGCGAUAAAAUACGAUUGGCCUGGUUAUUGUGGGUUCAUGAGGGUGAAGGUUCGUUCUUUGUGGGACAUUUACCUGAAUCUUCACUUCGAUCAGAUGUGGAAUUUAUGUCCGGAGGUACCAGAGGGGUGGAUUCCUGUUUAUGACGGUGGAAGUAGAGUGGGGCAAGAUGAGAGUGGUGAAAUUGAGAGAGAUAUUUCGCAGCAGCGGCCGGCGGGAGUGAAACCUGCACUAGGACGUGGGAGAGGCCUGCCGACAUUUUAA